CGCAGUCGGUAGGAAAAAGCCUAAAAAAGUCUGCAAUUUUUUAGCUGUAACAUAGCUAGCUGUCCGUUUCUUGCCUUCGUUUUGAAUGAUAUCUAUUUAAAACAGAAGACAAAUCAUUUUAUUGAAUUCUUUUUAAAGCUAUCUGUUUAACACACAACAGAAAUCAUUAAUUUUAUGCUUUAAACUUUGAACUUGAGGGAAUUUAGGAUUUUGAAUUUACUUGGAAGAAAUGGAGAUUGAAGACACAAUUCGUACUGUUCUUGGUAUCAUAGGGAGUGUGAUUUCGUUUUUUAUAUUUCUCUCUCCAGCAUCAAUAAUCUACGAGAUCUGCAAAUGGAGAAACACGAGAGACUAUUCAGGGUUUCCCUAUUUUAUGAGCAUUCUGAAUUGUGCACUGUGGGUUUUGUACGGUUUGCCUACUGUAAAACCGAAUAACAUACUUGUGUCUAUCAUAAAUGGCAUAGGUCUGAGCAUACAGAUAAUGUAUAUCACCAUCUUUUUGAAAUAUUGCAAAGAUAAAGAGACAAGGAUGAGCAAUGUGGUGGUGAUUGUUCUGAUAACAUUGUUUUUGGCGGCUGUUGCACUUUCCUCUCCUUUGAUAUUUCAUACUCACACAGAGCGAUACACGAUUGUAGGGGCCAUUUGCAUUUUCUUUAGUGUGUUAAUGUGCUCCUCUCCAUUGAAUGUCAUGAGAGCAGUUAUUCAAGAGAAGAGUGUGAAAUAUAUAAAUCCCUACCUGUCACUUACCGUGCUUGCCAAUGGAUUAAUUUGGAUUGCUUAUGGAUCCAUACACUUUGACAUAAAUCUUGUGCUUCCAAACGGAUUGGGAGCUGGUUUUGCAGCGUGUGAGUUGCUUCUGUACGCCAUUUAUUACAGCAGCACACAAUUUACUCAUGAUAAUCAGAAAGAUGCUGUUAACAAGGUUAAGUCUGGGGUUCGACAAGAAAUUAGGGAAAAGUUACAUUAAAGGGCACUCUCUUACUAUCAUUAAAAAUGUUAAAAAAUCAAGGCUGCAGAGCUCCUGCCCAAGUACUGGCAGGAUGUUUUUGUUUGUUGAAGUACUUAAAAUUUUAGUCCAGGUUUUGUAGAAACCUUUGUUGUUUGUAAGCCAUGAAAUGGGUGACUAGUAAAAUAAUUUUAUGUGGUGAAUUGAAUGGAAAUGAGUAUAUAA